CAUGGACAGCGUAAAGAACCAUGGACAGAGUCAAGCACCAUGGACAGAGUCAAGCACCAUGGACAGGGUCAAGCACCACGGACAGAGUCAAGCGUAAUCAAUCCAGUCCACAGUGGCAUUGUGUGUCAGCACCAUGGACAGUUUCCAAUCUUACUCCGUCUCGCUGCGUCUUUCCCGUCAGGACCACGGACAGGGCCCAGCCCAGUCAGUUGUAUUUUGUGGUGGGUAACUGCUUCAGAACCAUGGACAGUUCGUAUUGUCGUGUUUCGCUCUGGUUUUUCAGCUUCAGCACCAGGGACAGGGCUUUUCUGCACGUUUUCGAGGAUGAGGCAGUUUCUUAAACUGUUGUUCCUGCACAUUUUACAGUAUCUGGACCACCCCCACUGUAAUCAACCCCCUCCUGCACACAUUCCAUCCCGCUCCAACCCAUCCUGCUCCUUGAUAUCUCAUAAGAAGGGAAACAUGCAGUGUAUAAAAGCCCUGACUCAAACGGGAGCGUGUGUGGCUGCUGGCUGCUGCCGUGACGCUGACUCUCUGCAUCUUUAAAACUGACGAUAAAAAAAAAAAAAAAGAAGAAGAAGAGGAAAGAUAGAAGAAAGAAUAAACACACACCCAGCUCAGUUCUAAAUGUGGGGAUAAUAAGGACUACCUCUUUUGACUUUUGGAGCGAGCCCAGCCGUUAGGAGAGCAUUCAGCAUCAUCAGCUGUUCAACACUGGUCUCUUAUUGCUGGACGCCGGCGCUGAAUCAGUCACAUGACAGAACUGGAGGCAGAGAUCUAGAGAAAAAGGCACAGCAGUUCGGCUCGCACCGCCAUACUGUAUUUUGAGCCAUAUCACAUUUUUAUUGCAACAUUUUACUCCCGCUCGGAGGGCAACUGGAGGAGAAUGACUGGUAAAAACCAGACCAGCAACGUGACCAACAAGAAUGACCCCCGCUCACUGAACUCCAGAGUCUUUAUCGGAAACCUCAACACCACCAUCGUCAACAAGACCGACAUCGAGGUCAUCUUCGGCAAGUACGGCAAAAUCGUGGGCUGCUCUGUGCACAAGGGCUACGCCUUCGUACAGUACAUAAACGAGAGGAACGCCCGGGCCGCGGUGGCGGGGGAAAAUAAUCGCAUCCUUGCUGGACAGUCUCUCGAUAUAAACAUGGCCGGUGAGCCCAAGCCUUACAGGCCUAAAGCUGGAUCCAAACGGCCACUAACAGCUGUUUACAGUGGCUACGAGUUUGACUACGACUACUACAGGGAUGACUUCUACUCCAGGCUUUUCGACUACAGAGUGGCCCCCCCGCCCAGGGCCGUGAUCCCUCUCAAACGUUCCAGGGUGCUGACUCCCUCCCCCCGCCGCGGGGCGACGGCCCCCCCUUCUUCUUCUUCUUCGUCUUCUUCUUCUUCUUCUUCUUCUCCUUCUUCCUCUUCUUCUUCUUCUUCUCUCUCUGCAGUAAAAACCGACCAGCUCCAGACCGUCAAACGUGAGCUGACUCAGAUCAAGAUGAAGAUCGACUCUUUGCUCGGACGUCUGGAGAAGAUUGAAAAGCAGCAGAGAAACGAUUGUGAUUCCCAGAGAAAGUACGACGACAACUGUGACUCCCUGCACGAGGAGUCGGUGUCAGAGGCAGCAGACAACUCCGGGGAGGAGGCGGGAGAGGUGGCGCAGGAGGUGGAGGCGGGAGAGAUGACCGAUGGAGGUGAAGACGACUUCGACGGGGAGGGCAGCCAACAUCUGACAGAGAACCACGUAUCAGAUGUUGACAACUGAGAUCAGGCUUGGGAGGCAGAACUCGCCGCUCGGUGGAAUUAGAAAUGAUCGUCAACUUCAAGAAACGACCGGAGAAGGAGCUGCGUAGGAAAAAAAAAAAAAAAGACAACAUUUCUGGACUUUAGGUGGUGUGUUCAGGUGACGCCCAUUUUACUUUUUUUUUUUUUUUUUUAAGGUUUCCAGUCGCACAGCACACAGUGGCAGUGAUUCGCAGGGCGUAGAAAAUGUCUUUCAGAUCCAGUUUUUAUUGCAUUGUUCUGGGUGGAACCUCCAGGGUUUUAUGUUCAGUUUUCUUUCUUCAAACUGUUUCUAAAAAAUUGAGGAAAGAAGAGUUAAUUGGCUGAUUAGGCUCCGCUGGGGAAGAAAUUGGUUCCCUUCAUCACGAAAAUGGUUCAGUGUUUUAGUUUUUAAUGUUUUUUUCGGGCCGUCAGAGCCAGUACAAAGUUUAAUCUCAUCAAUCACUGCUAAGAUGUGGAUUAAUUAUGAUUAAUCAUGGACGAAAUGAAUCACGAUUAUUUGUGGUUGAGGUUAAUCACGGUUACUGCCCAUGAUUAAUUACAAAUCAUCGUGAAUAUUUAAGAUGAAUCAACUAAAUAUGACGGUUAACGUCUCCACAAACACAUGCUGGGAAGACAUUUUUUUCCCCACAGUCUGUGUAAAUAACAACAUGUACCGACUGUUCAGGCAACGACGCGUAGAUAAACUGGAUAACCAUUUGAUACACGGUACAAUGCGUCAUUUUUAACCAUGUGUUAAAAUGCGUUAAAAAUCAUUAAUCUAAGCGUUAAUUUGACGGCCCCUGAUAUUUUCAUGUCUUCAUCGUUUCCGACGUUGAAUAAAUAACAGACGGAACAUUCCAGAAACAAACAUUCUGUAAACAAACAUCCAGAUCUUUAUUUUGAUGAAGCGCCGCUGCAGCCUGGGUUUCUGUUUUAAUUCCUCCGUAAUCCGAUGGCUGUGAGCACGAGUCCUUCCUGCUUCAUCCAUUCAUCACGCCCUUCUGAGCCGCCGCGUCAUCGAUUGCGACUCCUGCCAACUUCUUAAAACCCAGCAAGGGCUUCCUGUGGUAGAGAGCCAACGCUGGCAGCGGCCUCCUGCCAGGGAGCGAUGCCUCAGCGUCUCGAAGCCCAACAUGGACUCCAACCUGUCCACGAGCCAACGCUUGACUCCUCCUCCUGGGUCAAUUACUGCCUGUUCUAAGGAGGAGCAGGAGUGAGUUGCGGGUUUGGAACCCUAACAUUUUGGUUAAUCUAAAACCGUACAUAUGAAAAGGCAGUAGCACCGUGGGUGGAAAUGUGAAGCACUUUUCUGAAACAGUUCCAGUCACUGGUUUUAGUCUGGUUUCUGUUCCAACAAUGAGAAUUCAAAAUGAUUUUUCCAUUUUUGUUUUCUUUUUAAACCUGGUGGCUACUUCCGUUUCUUAUCUACGGUCUAUGAUUCCACAUCAAGUCAAAACUCCCCCAUAAUAAUAAAUAAUUCACAGGCUGCAGCUGAGCAAUUAUAAUUAACCUGAUUAGAAAUAAAUGACUGAAUAAUGUCACAGGUGAUUUCUCUUAAUUAUUCACCUCAACUUUUUCUAUUUUUUUAGCAGUGGGUUCUUGUACACACCAGGUGUCCCGAAUGUCUGGUAAAUGAGAGAUGAUGAGGUUAAAAGCUUUCUGAGCUCUUGACAUAAUGUGAACAUUUUCACAGACGUUGGCGUAGAACCCGGCGGUCGUCCACUCAGAGCAGUGACUCAACACAAGGAAAAAAAAAACCUGAUUAUAACAUUAUUUUUCAUUGUGAAUUUUCAUAUGUGACUAUAUUUAAAAAAGGCUUUGAAUCUCACUUGGUUUUUUUUGGGGGGGGGUUGUAUUUGAACUCGUUUUGACCUGGAUUAAAACCCUGAAGCUGUGACAUCAUCAGCCUAAGACUGUGGUUUGCCGGAACUUUUUACCAGAAACUGCACCCUUUUGUAGAUAGAACUGUUGUUGAGCUCUUCACCUCACGUCACCACAUCCACAGCUUUAAACGGAACUUUAUUUAAAACAGUGUCAACACGGCGGCUAGCCAUGUAACACAGACUUCCGCUAAAUAAAUUUGAAUCGUUACGCCCUCCCAGUGGGCCCCACCCCACACAUUAGGAACCGCCAUUUAAAAAAUGGGCAUUUAUUAUGAACUGUUGAAUGGAGAUGACGAAGAAAAAAAAACUCACUGUUUCCGAUUUGGUCGCCGUUCAGUCUCUUCAGUGUUCAGCAAAAUUUGGCCAAAAAAAACAUUUUAAGGAAGUUCAAUAAAAAAUAAGAGUCAACAAAGAGAAAAAUAACAGAAUCAGAAUAAACUAAGUGUUCGCCGCAAGACUGUUUAAAAAUAUUAAAACUUCCCCGAAGCAGAAAAAAAAUAUUUAUUCCACUUUUUACACACACACACCUACACCCUGCUGUGUUGCCAAAACACCACCCGGAGCAAAAGCAAAAGUGUAGAUGAUGAGCUGCAGCUCAUUAAAAGUCCAUGUCUGGUGAACGAUGAUCACGUGUGAUAUUUAGUACUAUUUUUGUAUCCAGAGAGAAGUUCAAAGGGAAAACACUCUGCUACAUGUCCUUUAUUUUCUUCUUCUUCUUCUUCGUCUUUUUUUUCCGCUGGUAUCCUCUUAUGAACCGUACGGUGAUGUGUCGAUUAUUUUGCAGCAAAAAAAAACUACACACAAAAAAAAAGAAAGAGUCAUUGCUUUUAGCUGUUGUAAUUAAUCAGAGUCACUUUAGGUUUGCCAUGUAAAUAAACAACUCGUCACGUUUUCUUUAAAACACGAAUAGACUUUAAAAAAAAAAAAUCUAUAUAUUCAUUUGAUUUGGUUUUUCCAAACCAACGCUGAAUGAAAAUACUGACAGUUUGUCGGGGGUUCCUGGUGUGAGAACUGACAACUGUUGUAUAGAAAUGUACAUUUUUUUGUAAAAAUAUUUUUAUCAAGAGGCAUGUUUGCUGUAUCUUUGUAUUUUCUGUUCAAGUAAAUGAAGGAGGGAAGAAGACGGCGUCUUUUAAACUGUUGUCAGGCUAGGAAAAAAAAAAAGAAAAAAAAAGUCAUUGUCGUACGAUUUGUGUUCCUAUCAGUCCCAGAUGUUUGUGUCACAUAUUUAACAACGAGUCAAAUGUUCUGAUGACCAGCGCUUUAUUUUACAAAUAAACAUGACGUGAAGGACGAAG